AUGAAGGCCACAGAGACUGAUUUGGGCACAAACGACCCCGACAAUGUGCUCCUCUACCCAGCGCCCAAUUACAUGCAAUCAGCGCCAACUGUUCGAGAACACGUGGGAGAAGUGAGGUCCCCAACUGCCCGUUCAUGCCGAGCCGAGGAGGUCGUGAUCCCGAUAAAUCGACAGACGUCAUCGGCGACGUCCGGAUAUGUUAGUAAGCAGGGGACGGCUUUCUCGAGAGGAUUUGGUCCUGAGCACCAACCUUCCACCGAAAACUACACGCCAAGUGUGUGUAGAGCCACCUCACCAAAGAGCUUCUCCUUGUCUAGUAAGUUCUUUUUGUCUUCGUCAUCUGUCUCAGAUGGUGCGGGUGAAUCCUGUUUCUCCUCAACCGCCUUCAAUCGCAUCUCCUCCCCCAACAGUUCGACCUUUUGUGCAAACGAAACCAACACUACCCACCUUCUACCAGUCCAGUCGCCGUUUUAUCGUGACUCCCAAGUUGCCCCUCCGCCGGUCUUAACUCGCGAGACUUCUCGACGUUUCGACACUGGCACCGAUGACAUCUCUCGCACCGAGUGGUCCCGUCGAGAGGAGAGCGUCCGAGAGACUGGAUCGAUACGCCGUUUCCCCGUCAGACCCACAGCCACGUCUCCUAACAACACAACCCCCCUCCUAAACGGUCAUCUCCAGCACCUUCCGCCGCUCUCGCCUCCUACCACAAAAACCAACUCCAACUCUGUCCGGAUUAUUCGAUCACCUACGAGGGUGCAGAAGACCGGCGGCGAUAUCAUUACCACAGAGGAGGUUCUGAAGGAGGACGACAACACUGAGACGAUUAUCCGGCGACGCACUAUCAGGAGAAAACGGAUACCACAAAGUCCACUUGCCAUACGCGAAGACACCGUUUCGGAAGAUGCAGUCUGGUCGCCUGGUCCACCGAAACCAGCCUACCCCACCUCGACUACGAUCAAUCUUUCUGACUACAUGAACACCCAUCGAUCUGGCUUUAAUGGAAAUGCUCAGGUGACGCAUUUCCAACAUUCCACGCGGUCUCAUUGGUCGAAGAGAGAAGACGACGCCCCUCGCAAACUCGCCAUCCCAGCGCACACUUCGCGUCUCUACAGCGUCGUCAACGACACCGCGAGACCGUUUGCCAGGAACUCGGCUCUCUCCCGCUCGUUGAUGGGUCCACCACCACGAACGUUUAGCCAAACCAACAUUCAACAUCACUCAAAUACGCUGCGAAAUCACUGGAGUUCUGAAAACAACCUCAGAACCGGUUCCUACUUGAAGCAGCCACCGAUUUAUGGAACCUAUUCAGCACAUCAGGAGAAUCUCCGUCGACGGAACGAAUUGAAUCAACAAGCCGAGCACCUAAGGUCGUCUAGACGGAUGUCCGAGACGGGUUACGGCGAGAUCUACCAGGAGACCGUAUCUCUACAACCCAUUGGACGCGGCAUUCAGGACCUCGAAGCUGGAUCGAAUCCCGCCACGCUGCCGCGUGUCGGUUCGCACACAGCAGGUCAGUCGCUGGUCCACUUGAGUCUGCUGAACACCUCGGCAUGUAGUCUCGAGCUACACUCCAAAAAAGCUAGCUUGGAGGUGGUGACGACGCCCCAGUUGUGUCGUCUUGAUGCCGACAGAAUGUCCACAGUGAGUAAGUACUCGAUCGGAUCCAACGUGUUCAGUCCACCGGCUGUAACCGUUGCUGUAGCCUCACCAGUGACUGACCAUCCCACUGCCCGAACACACAGUUUCUUGCACCAACAACAAAACACCACACCACGACAGCCGCUUAGGUCAGCUCUUGCUUCCGUGACGCGGUACCAGCCGGCGGCGCCACAAGGCCGUGAGAAAUUCAGUACGCGGAUCAAUAAGCUAACUCUGGCUCGUGCGCGCACUCGCGUUCUAACCAAUGAACUAACACGGCCAGAUCGUUCUCCGCUGGUGGCGACAAUCGCGGACAGUACUAUUCAGGAACACAGUCACCUUGAAGGCAGAGUUGCCGAUUCUCUGCUGGACCACUGUGUCUCGGAUCAGUUGACGAAUGUGGUAGACGAUGGGACGUCAGCAACAUUACCUGGAUGUCCAUGGAAGACGGUUGCAGACUGCCUCUCGUUUUGUGCGUCGAAGCAUGUGCGGGAAGGCGACAUAGUACCUCCACGACAGCCUGGAGGACGCAUGGUGUCAGAGCAUCGUUCAAGGAUGGUUCACAAUGAGUCCCACUGGUGCAAUGUUAAUGGCCUAGGGUCUUCGCUUGGUAGUCUUCACGGUGGAAGUUUGACAGCAGGUCCUGCGCAAACCAACCACCUGGCUGUCGACACGAUCGACAGUCGUCACACCCUGUCACACACCAAUGAGCUCUCACAUCAGUGGUUCCGACCGCACACUACUCGCGAUGAAGCGCACCAAAUGCUCAUUAACAAGGAGCCCGGUCGUUUCAUAAUUCGUCAAAGCAAAUCUCAGCCGAACUCCUAUGCCCUCGUUGUCCGAGUGCCUGUGUCACUGGAUGACGCAGAGCCGGUGAGGACCUUCUUGCUGAACCGGGUAAAGGGCGGUGAUGCUGUUCACCUGCAGGGUUUCGAAUUAGAGCCCAUCUUCCCGUCGUUGUCGGCUUUCGUCCACGACCACACCAUCCACCAGGGAGCCCUUCCGGUUCUCCUCAAGUUGCCGAUGCGUGGAGCUCUUUCCAGCAGCUACCUCGCCGGACACAGUCCGUCGCCCGCGCGCAGGGACGGGACACUUGUGCCUGAUUUCGUCUGCGACGUCCUCUACCUCGGGAGUGUCGAUGUCUUUCCCCUGCAGGGCGACUCAGCCGUCAGACGCGCCGUGGAGCAGAUUCUCUCACAGGCAAACAACCCGCACAAGGGAUUGAAGAAGAAGUGCGAAGCCACCGUCCACUGUGCCAGCGAUAAGGGCCUCACCAUUUUCGACAAAAACAGCGCACGAUUCACCAAAAAGACGAUCCCCGCCAACAAAAUCCUCUACUGUGCCUAUGAUCCUGAUGAACGAGUGUUUAACGGAGUUGAAUUGAAAAAUCACGGAGUUGCGGACUCUCAGAUUUUCGCGAUCGUUGUGAAGAAGACGCGCUUCACCAUGACUGAGCACGCAGUCUACGUAAUGUGCCAAUUGGAGCCGAAUCAGCCUAGCUCCAGCCUAAUCAACUACAUCAAUCAAAACUACACCACUACCUACCGCCGUUGA